AUGGCGCAUAGAAUACUGAGAGAUCACGAAGCUGAUGGAUGGGAACGCUCUGAUUUCCCAAUCAUCUGCGAGUCCUGUCUCGGUGACAAUCCUUACGUUCGAAUGACGAAGGCAGAAUAUGAUAAAGAGUGCAAGAUCUGUACCCGACCAUUCACGGUGUUCAGGUGGCGACCUGGCCGUGAUGCUAGAUACAAGAAAACCGAAAUCUGUCAGACAUGCUGCAAGCUGAAGAACGUGUGCCAAGUCUGUCUCUUGGAUCUUGAGUAUGGUCUUCCUGUUCAGGUCAGAGACACGGCGCUCAACAUUAGCACUCAUGACUCUAUCCCAAAGAGCGAUGUCAACAGAGAGUUCUUCGCUGAAGAGCAUGAUCGAAAGACGAGAGCUGGACUAGAUUAUGAAUCUUCUUUUGGGAAAGUUAAGCCUAACGAUACCAUUCGUAUGCUUCAAAGAACAACACCAUACUACAAAAGGAAUCGAGCACAUAUCUGUAGUUUCUUCAUUAGGGGAGAGUGUACGAGAGGUGCCGAGUGUCCGUACCGGCAUGAGAUGCCUGAAACCGGAGAGUUAUCACAGCAGAACAUUAAAGAUCGUUACUAUGGUGUGAACGAUCCAGUUGCAUUGAAGCUACUUGGAAAAGCUGGUGAGAUGGGGACUUUGGAAACUCCGGAGGAUCAAAGCAUCAAAACGCUUUACGUUGGCGGGCUAAACUCUCGAGUCCUUGAGCAAGACCUGCGAGAUCAGUUCUACGCCUAUGGAGAGAUCGAGUCCGUCAGAAUCUUGGCCGAGAAAGCAUGCGCGUUUGUCACCUACACAUCCCGAGAAGGAGCAGAGAAAGCCGCAGAAGAGCUCAGCAACAAGCUAGUUGUCAACGGUCAGAGGCUCAAGCUCACUUGGGGAAGGCCUCAAGUUCCCAGAACCGAUCCAGAUGGCGGCGGCGGUGUUGUGGCUCACAGUGGAUUGCUCCCGCGAGCCUUGAUAUCUCAGCAGCAUAAUCAACCUCCACCGGUGCAGCAGUACUAUAUGCAUCCACCACCACCACAACACCCUCAUCAAGACAGACCUUUUUACCCGUCAAUGGACCCUCAGAGAAUGGGUGCAGUCAUAUCGUCCCAAGACGGAGGUUCAAGCAGCAGUGACAACAGAGGAGCUGCUUCUUCUUCUUACCCGAUGCAGCCACAUGGCCACUAUCCGCACCAGCCAUACCCGCCAGCGCCAUAUGGAGGAUAUAUGCAACCACCUCACCAGCAGUAUCCUCCUUACAAUCAAGGACCACCACAAGCUGCUCACCCUUAUCCGCAACAACCGGGUCCCGGUUCAAGGCCUAAUCCUCCUCCUCCGAGCUCAGUCUCUGCUCCACCACCUGACUCUGUGCCUGGUACAGCUUCAGGAUCUUCUCAGCAAUCAUCUGCUGAUGUUACUGGUUCGUCUUAA